AUGGGUUUCACAAUUGCACAAGGACUCAUGUUAGUGCUGCUAAUUGCUUCCACAAUGGCAGUUAGCAUAGCCUGGCCAUUUGGGAAUUCCAAUAAUACAAAAACUUCCAACAGGAUCAUUGUGGGUGGCUCGAAUGAUUGGAAAUAUGGCUUUGACUACACCAAAUGGGCAAUCAAACAUGGCCCUUUCUACCUAAAUGACACUCUAGUUUUCAAAUAUGAUCCACCAACUCCAAACACAUUUCCUCACAAUGUUUACUUGCUACCAAACCUUGAGAGCUUCAUUAAAUGUAAUUUUACAAAUGCCCAGAAGGUGGCGAAUGAGACACAAGGAGCUGGUGAGGGCUUCGAGUUUGUGCUGAAAAGGCCAUGGCACCCUCAGUACUUUGCUUGUGGUGUGGGCGCUCAUUGCUCGAAUGGAACCAUGAGGUUCUUUGUGUUGCCAAUACAACAUAAUGAGUGUCUUUGUUUUCUUCUUCGGAUUCAUAUUAAGGGAUUGAUUGCUCAUUUUAUAGUUUAUGAGUCACAUUCUAAACCAGGUGAUUUUCUAGGUGUCAUUCUGCAUACUUGA